GGAGUGGCUGGAGUUUUAAAGGUUUCACGUAUGCUUUCCAGAUUUGGGUAUAUGAAUUAAUUCCUAGAAUGGCGGACCUGAAUUACUGCAAGGUUGUUGAUCCGACCGCUGUCCCGCGUAUUUUGCGAUGGAGAACUACUACGUCUGUUCCAGAGAUGAGAAAGUUGAACAAUUAUUUUUUCCAGAGCAAAGAGUCAGUUCAGUUGCGGGCGCUAUGUCCGAGUGAAGAGGAAAUGAGACAGCCAUAUUGGAGUUGGCCACAGGAUCGCCCUGCUGUUGUCUCGGCAGAGCCAAUUCCUUCUUCAUGUGGUGAUAUUGAUGAGUUGAACAAGGUGGUAAGCUUGUUGAGGUCCGAGUUGUUUCAAGUAAAGCGGGAAAAAGACGUCCUUCACUUGAAGGUCAUACGGAUGGAAAAACUGUUGGACCAAUGUUUAGGUCCUCAGUUUGAGCAGGAAGUAAGGAGGGACCUAGCUUUACUGAAACAGAGGACGAAUCGCUGUGUCGUCUCACAUCUAUUUAAGGGAUAUCCUCAAAUGGAUGACCUACUUCAACAGGAUGAAGGGCCAACUGUGCUAUCUAAGUUGAACGUCUGGUUGAAUCAUAACGGUAAAGCUUCCGCACAAGGGGUCCAAUUAAGGAAAAGGAAGAGGAUCAUUCCGAAGUGGAAGAUCAUUGAAGCCAGUGAAUUGGUUCCAAAAACUGCGGCACAGACAACCGGACUGAAGACGUUAGACCCAAUGAAGGCGAUUCCCCAUGAUGAUCUGGUGAAUUUGCUGAAACUUUGUUGGGAAUGGCGCCAGGACCCAAAUUUGGUGAUGCAAUUUGGAAACGUGGAAGCUGAGAUUGAAUUCUUGGCUUCCCUCGUGAAAGCUGAUGGUUGGCUGAAAGGAGAUCACCUUGAUUUGGGGUUGUAUCUCAUGCGGAAGCGACAACAACAGUUGGAGGAUGUUGAAAUAGCUGACUGGACAACCACCGAUGUUUUUUUUAUGAAUCACAUAAGUACUUGCUUUGCGGAGGAUAAAAGGAAAAAACAGCAGGUUGGGUGGAAAAUCAGAAAAAGUUUACUAAACGUUGUAAAUGGGAAGGUUCCUCCGUGUGGGAUGGAUUGGCAGAACGUCUAUAAGGUGUAUACCCCAUUUAUGUUGACGAAGUACAAGCAUUGGGUGGCUGUAAUGAUUGAUCUGGUAUUGUGUGAAAUCAAAGUGUACGAUUCAAAGGUUUCACUAAUUCCAGAUGACAUCAUAAAGGAAGAACUUGCCCCGCUAUCAAUUACGCUUCCAAAUCUUCUCAACACCAUGGACUUUUAUGAAGAAGGUGUUUAUGCAAACAAUUGCAGCCGAGAUUGGUGGUGUCCGUGGCCAAUAGAGCGUGUGGAUGUUCCACAACAGUCUAAUGAAGGCGAUUGUGGCAUGUUUGUGUUAAAGUACAUUGAGCUUUUCAGCGCUCAGCUUCCGUUAGCUACUUGCACCUCGCACAACAUGCCUUUUUUUCGGUUGAAAUUGGCUGCGGAGAUCACAAGGGGAGAUGCUUACUUCCCAUGA